AUGGGUAAUCGGAAUCGAAGUGUGAGUAUGAAUAUACCUUCAAAUGCACCUCCAAAUAAAAAACAGCGGGCUUCCGACGAUGAAUACGAGCAAGCAACACCCCCUCCCGUUUCAGCAGUUGAUCAAGUGAAUAGCACGAGUGAAAUCACCGAAGCUCGAGAUCAAGUGAGUGAUGAGACGGACGUGCCAGAUAUUGAAGAAGACGAAGAGUGUGGAGAUUCUAGAUCAGUUGCUGUACCGACUCGUCGACCACCAUUUCCAGAUGAUGGAGACUCAUCGGAUGAUGAUGAUAGUAGUGAUGUUAAUGAAGAGGCCUUUAUCAAGUGGUUGAUUGAGCAAAAGAUGACUGGAAUGUCUGCAAGUCAAAUGCUUGAUACUUUGGGCUUGGGCGUGUCAGAAGGAGUUGCAGUGGAUGAUGAUGAACUGUGGGAAGCCAUGUUUUCAAUGGGUAUUCGACUCGUCAAACCGUCCGUUACGCGACCACGUGAAAAGCUAGAGACGGUCAAUACACUACAGGAUGUGGCAUCGUUGCUGCGGUCAAGCAAGAAGAUUGUGGUGCUAGCAGGUGCUGGCAUUUCUGUGUCCUGUGGUAUUCCGGACUUCCGGUCCGAGAAUGGCAUCUACAGUCGCCUUGGCGAGUACAACUUGCCGAAUCCACAGUGCAUGUUUGACAUUGAUUUUUUCCGAUCGAACCCACGGCCGUUCUUUGCAUUUGCGAAGGAGUUGUUUCCCAAAUCAAGUGGCUUUACGUUUGUACCAUCUCGAAGUCACUAUUUCUUGAAGCUGCUGGAAGAAAAGGACAAGCUACUUCGGAUUUACAGUCAGAAUAUUGACAUGUUAGAGCACGCAGCAGGAAUAUCACACGAGCGCGCGGUGCUUUGCCACGGUUCCUUCGCGACAGCCACGUGUUUAUCAUGCAAACAGAUGUAUCCAAACGAUGCUAUUCGCGAGGAUGUGGUAAAUCAGCGAGUGCCGAUGUGCAAGUCGUGUGGCUUGCCGGAUGGAAUCGUCAAGCCUGACAUUGUAUUUUUUGGUGAAUCUCUCCCUCGGCGCUUUCACGACUCCAUUAAGAGUGACGAAGGCGAGGCAGAUCUUGUGCUUGUUAUGGGAUCAUCGCUCAAGGUGAACCCUGUACGCAGUAUUGUUGGUCGCUUUAAAAAGGACACGCCCAUGAUUUUGAUCAACAGAGAACCCGUAGGACGCCCACACAAGUUUGAUGUUGAGCUACUAGGAUAUUCAGAUGAGAUUGUGCAGGAGCUUUGUCGACUGCUUGAAUGGGAGAUUCCACAGCCUGACCCAGUGCUUCUGGGCCAGUCUAACCUUCCACUGCCUCCCGCGGUACCUUCGAGUUCUCUCGCACCGCUAUUGUACGAGUUUGUUCUUCCGUCAAGGCAUUUAUUCAACGGCUCGAAGUCGACAUACUGCAGUUCAAGUGAUGAUGAUAGCAGCAGCUCAUCUAGCGAAGACGGGACAGGUGAAGAAGGUGACAUGAGUUUUAGCACAGCAGCCGUGGCAGUGGCAAUGGAUGCGGAUGACGAGAAAAAGUCACCACCUAACACCGAUCUGGCAAAAGAGGACCAAGACGAGUUGAUGGGGAGUGGCAAUGAGUUGCUAGGGUCUACAAGUUUUGACGACAAUUGA